AUUGACUUUACAGUAUUUAAAAUUUAGUUAACCAACAGACAUCGCUGCGUGAACACACGAAAAAAAGCAUCAAACAGAAGUCAGUGUCGUCUUCAAAUACUUUAUAAAAAAUCAAGAUGAGCAUAAUUAUCGCAUUAUUGGCGAUCACCUUCACGCUGGUCUUUUACUUGUUGAAAUACCAGCAAUCGUAUUGGGAAAGGCGUGGCGUGCCGCACGAUCCACCCAGCCUACCGUUGGGCACCCUCAAGGAGUGGCGUCGUACGAAGUCUAAGUUCGAAAUAUUCCAACCCAUCUACAAGCAAUUUAAGGGCACUGGUCCAUUCUGUGGCGUGUACUUUCUCCUAAAACCAGCCGUUUUCGUGCUGGACCUGGAAUUAACUAAAAAGAUACUUAUUAAAGACUUUCAGAAUUUUCAAGAUCGUGGCGUUUUUCACAAUGAAACUGCAGAUCCGCUCACUGGCAAUCUCUUUCAGUUGGAUGGACCACAGUGGCAAGUGUUGCGUAAAAAGCUGUCGCCCACAUUCACCUCGGGCAAAAUGAAAUUAAUGUUUCCCACUGUCAUGAAAUUGGCUAACGAGUUAAUUGAAGUUAUGCGUGAGAAAACUAAAAACGCACCCGACAAUGUUUUGGAGAUCACCGAACUGCAAUCGCGCUACUCUGCCGAUGUAAUUGGCUCAUGCGCUUUUGGUCUCGAGUGUAACAGCUUGCACAAUCCCGAUGCUGAGUUCGUGACCAUGGGUCGCAAGGCGCUGAUCGAACGCAGACAUGGCAAACUUGUCGACACAUUCAUUGAGAGUUAUCCAAAUUUAGCGCGUAAAUUGAAUUUGUGCUCGACUACAAGAGAAGUGGAAGAUUUCUAUGUCGGCAUAGUUCGUAAUACACUCGAAUAUAGAGAGAAGAAUCAGGUAAAACGUAAUGAUUUCAUGAAUAUUUUGUUGGAAAUGAAAAACAAGGAAGGCGCAACUGAUGGACUGUCAGUGGAGGAGAUAGCAGCGCAGGCUUUUGUAUUCCUCAUAGCAGGCUUCGAAACCUCUUCAACCACCAUGGGCUUCGCAUUGUAUGAAUUGGCUAAAAAUCAGGAAAUACAAGAUAGGUUGCGACUGGAGAUCAAUGCGACAUUGAAAGAGCACAACAACGAAUUCACCUAUGAGAACAUACAUCAGAUGAAAUAUCUGGAACAAGUCUUAUCGGAAACCCUACGUAAGUACCCCGUACUGCCGUUUUUGGAGCGUUAUGCAAAGGCAGAGUAUGACACCGGCGAUCCACGCUAUCGCAUCGAGAAGAACAUGCGUGUAUUAAUAUUCAGCUAUGGCAUACAUUACGAUCCCGAAUACUAUCCCGAUCCAGAGAAAUUCGAUCCGGAACGUUUCACUGAUGAGGAAAUUCAGAAACGACCCGCCUGCGCAUGGUUACCAUUCGGCGAUGGACCACGCAAUUGCAUCGGCUUGCGUUUCGGCAAAAUGCAGGCGCUGAUCGGUCUCGCUUUGCUGAUCAAGCAUUUCAGAUUCUCCUUCGCACCACAGACACCAGCUGAAUUGACUUACAAAAAAGAGACGGUGCUGCUAUCAGCGGAACAUGGCAUACACUUGCGGGUGGAGGCGCUGAAAGUGUAAUUGUAUGAGUGUGCUAGGCCGUUGUGGAGCACAAAGUUGUUAUCAGCCACUGUUGAUUAUGUACAUUCGCUUUUUGCGUGAUAAAAAUUAUAAACCAGUUGAUAAAAAUUAAAGAUUUUGCAAUGACUUUGCGUUUUUUAGCGCCAUGUACUCGUAAACAUGGUUUUGCGUGUUUUCAAUUAUAAAUAAAGCUCAGAUAGCCCCCUAAAUUUAAUGACUCAGCAUAAAUUUUAA